AUUUAAGAAUCAUAAUCCUCAUAACCCUCAAUAGAAGAUGACAUCACUGUUAAGGAAGAGCUUGCGCCGCAGUGGAGACGUCAUCUUUAACAGUAGCAAACCUAAAGGAUCAGAGUUUACUAUCAACUUGUUAGAUGGCGACACUAAAACAGUCUUUGCUGAUAGGAAAGACAAAGGCCAAGCGUUGCUCAACAAAGUAAUGUAUGAGAUCGAUCUGAAUGAGCACGAAUAUUUUGGUUUAUGUUGGAGGGACAAAAACGGUUUAAGGAUUUGGAUGGAUCCGGAGAAACCUAUCAGAAAGCAAUUGACAAAUGAAGAAACAGCGUUAGACUUCACAGUAAGAUUCUACGCCGAGGACCCAUGUCAAUUAACAGAGGAGUAUACUAGGUAUUUCUUCUGCCUCCAGAUUAAACAAGAUUUAUUAGCCGGGAGAUUACCUUGUAGUUUCUACACUGGUGCUCUGUUAGCAAGUUACGCCGUGCAGGCAGAAGUUGGAGACUAUGAUCCCGACUCUGUGGAUGUUGACGGAAUCCCCAGUUAUAUCAAAGAAAUGGAAUUUGUUCCUGGUCAGAAUGAGGAGUUUGAGUGCCAAGUGGCGGAAUUCCACAAAUCCCACGCCGGACAAACGCCUUCAGACGCCGAAAUGAACAUGCUGGACAAGGUGAAGCGACUCGAGCUGUACGGAGUUGACCUUCAUCUUGCCAUGGAUCUGGAAGGAAUCAGGCUAUAUAUCGGGAUCUCCCCAACGGGGAUACGUAUCUACCAAGCUGGAGAUAUGGUCAGAAUGAACUCAUUCAACUGGGCUAAAGUUCUUCAGGUUUCAUUCCACAAGGACAAGUUUUACGUUCAGCUUCGACCUUCAGAGAAAUCAGUAGUUAAAGAUAAGAUCGGUUUUAGGAUACCCUCUGUGGCAGCCUGCAAAGUACUAUGGAAGAGCUGCGUCGACCAUCACACUUUCUUCAGAUUGUACGUGGCAGAGAAACGAAUGCCGGCCGUGUUUGGGCUCUUCAGAUCCGGAUCUAAGUACAGAGCAAGUGUGCGAGGAACACAGAAACAAGCCCUGGAAAGAAGCAAGAGUUGUCAUGCUCUCGCCGAGUUUAAAGAGGUCACAUUUGAGAGACAUCACCUCAGAACACCAAGUCAGCGAAUAGGCAAGUCCAGAUCGGAGGGAGCUAUCAAUCUGUUGGGAGCUAAACCCUAUGUCAGGAAUUCAUUCUACGACACGUACCGAUCAGCUCCAUCAGACGAGAGAUUGAACAAGCAAGGAGAUAGUUUCAUGGUAACUACCACUGUUUCACCAGUAGAGAGACAGCCAUCAGCAGAAGAUGACCAUGUUUAUAACAACAUGGCGAACACUCUGGGACCUAAGUUCGUUCCGGAGCCGGCGCCUGAGGAAGACCACAUGUAUGCAAACCACGGAGACAUCCCUCCUCCUAACCCUAGACUCGACAUUCCCACCAAAGCAGAAGAAUCAUCUGGUGAGGAAGAAUCUUCUGAAGAAGAGGAUGAUGAUGAAGAAGAAGAAGAAGAGCAUGUAUAUGCUAGCCACGCAGACCACAUAAAACCCGCUCCUGCCCCUGACCCUCCAGCUCCUGAAGUUAACGAGCCUCCAAAACCACCCUCUGAGGAAGAGGAAGAAACCGAUGAGGAAAGCGAGGAAGAAGAGUCAGGAGAAGAAGAAAGAGAGUCAGAGGAAGAAGAAGAAGAAGUGGCACCAGAGCCAGAGUUGGAGCCGAAGUCUCCUGCAGUGUUUGUUCCCCCUCCAUCAACUAAGGAACCUGAACCCGUUGAAAGUGAAGAUGAAGAUGAAGAUGAGGAUGAGGAUGAGGAUGAGGAUGAAGAUAAAUCAUCUGAUGAGGGAGACGAAGUUGACGGGGACUCUUCAGACGGGGAGUCUGAAGUAGAACAGAUCCCCUUGUCUGUUGUAACUCCGAAGAAACCACCACCGCCUCCUCCGCCAUCAUAUCAAGAACCUGAAAAAGAGAUCCCUCUAUACACCGCAGUGGUGAAACCUAAACCGCCGGUAGUUGCCGCUAAACCGGUGUUACCAACCAAAACACAACCUCAACUCACAGUAGACAGUAACCGAGCUAAAUCAGCAUCUCCCAUACCAUCAAAUACGAAUGAGCCGCCUCCAGUGGUUGAAUACGACACGAUAGAUAUAGUGAGAGCUCCAGUAGUGCCACCUAAACCCACUAUUAUGAACGGAGACAGAAAACAGCCCGAGGCAGACAAACUUAAGAACAAAUUCAAUGAGAAAGAAAACGAAGAAAAGCUUCCGUGGCACGAUAAGAAAUGCCCAAAUUAUCGGCGGCCGCCGCCGGAACGGCGGGUUGAGGAUCAGUACUAUGGUCAAACAUGGUCUCCAAACAAGAGCCAGUAUAACCUGGACGACGAAUGGCUGGAGCUGGACCGUCUCACACAGGACGUCGCGCGCAUGACGGACGACUUGGCGAUGGAUCUCGAUCUAGAUGGUCCAGAAAAGAACGUCUACGUCGUCAACCCACAAAAACCAGUUAAUUUUAAUGCACCGCGAGGUCUUGAAGCGGCACCGCCUCCUUCUAUGGGAUACGGCACCCCACCGGCUGUGCCGUCUCCUCCCUCGUCCCGACCUUAUCAGUCACCUCGACAAUAUUCACCGAGACAGCAGGAGCCCCCCUCUCCGGGUAUUAUUAACGACACACCCUCCGCCGCGGAUAUUAUGAAAAAGUGGCAGCAACGAGAACGACAGACGAAGAAUGAGACGAGAAGUUAUCAUUAGUUCAAGAUAUCACACUAUAGAACUAUAGAAUUCAACUGUGUACAAAGCUAAGAAAGACCGCUGAACGAACAAGCAUCAGUCACGUGACCAGUGUUUCUCGUGAGCUGACCAAUAUGCUGCACUAUUUUACUUGGGAGUUGGACCGAUGAAAUGGAUUGGUUAGGGAAGUUGAUUCAAAACGAACGGAUGAGACGUUAUGUCUUAAUGAUGAUGUGAUCGAGUUAUGAUUACCACAGAGUACAGACUUUUAUGUUGGCGAUGUGUGUUGUGUUUGAAAAUCGGUGUUAUAUUUUAGUGAUAUAAGUCGGCUGCAGCUCUCCACGUAUUUGUAUUCAUGUGUAUAUUAUUCCUUUGCCAUUAUAAUUGUGUUUAUGUUAUCUUUGCAGGAAAAUGCAAUAAAGAAAAAUUAAUUUUUUAUGUUAUGCAUUGAAUAAAGUGAUGAUUUUUUCAAGCUUUAUCAGCGACUGAAUAUUUAAAUAUUUUAUUUCUGAAGUUCUUAGUUAAAUUACAUCACAAGUGAUAUCUAUUGAUUUUCAGCGCAUGCUUUUCUUUUUGUUUUCAGAAUUCAGAUGAUAUUGGCAGCCACAUCUCUUUACAGAUUAAUUUGUGGUUUUGCUGGCGUUUCUAUUUUAGGGAUAUCAGAUUAAUUAUUCUUUAAGUUUUAGUCGUCCUUUUAGUAAAGUGUUUUCAAAUUAUUGAACAUACUGAAUAUAGUCUACUCAGAGGAAGCCUUUCUAUGCCAGAAUGUUGAUAGCAGAACAUGAUGCCCCGUUAAAACUGUGUAAAUGUAUUGGUGUAAAAUUUACAUUUUACUUCAUAGCAAAAUAA